AUGACAUCUCCCGACUUCUCGCGGUUCAGGACCGUCCGGCGGUCGCGCCCGACGCUCUUGCUGCGGUGCCUGCUCCUCCUAGCUGCCUGCUUGCUCGCCAACGCCCUGCUGUGGACAAUCUCCGCCAUCGUCUUCACCCGGCAAGCCAAGCGCGACUCGCAGCACCGCGACGCCUCGCAUCUCCUCUCGCUCUGCCUCCUCGCCUGGACCUUGGGCCUCCGACAUGGCCUCGACGCCGACCACAUCUCCAUCAUCGACAAUGCGACCCGCCGCAUCGCUUCGCUGCAGAGGGAUCCGCAACGACCCCACCUCGGCCUGCGUCGCCCCGUCACCUGCGGCCUGUUCUUCUCGCUGGGUCACUCGACCAUCGUCGUCUCGGUGCUGAUUGCAGUGGCGAUCUCGACGUCGGUCGUCAACCACCUUGGCGGCGUCUCUGAGGUCGGAGGCAUCAUCGGCGCCUCUGUCAGUGGUAGCUUCCUCUUCCUCUUUGGCGUCAUCAACUCGAUCCUGCUCUGGAGGAGCUGGAGAGGCGCUCGAGGGAGAAGCACCGCCUCUCCCGGGUCUGAGAAGGCUGGCAUCGAGGAUGCUGGACCAGCGACGCCAACGACGGACAGCAAGCUCGAAACGACCGCCCACAAAGACCAAGCCAAGGAGCUCGGCGAGAAGGCCUACAACGAGGCCGAAGCCUCUGCGAACAAGGAAAGACACAACUUUCGAGGCAUCUUCACCAGGAUAGCACGGCCGCUGCUCAGGAUGGUGGAUCGGCCUUACAAGCUAUACCCAAUCGGCAUCCUGUUCGGCUUCGGGUUCGACACAGCCAGCUCGAUAGCGCUGCUCGGCGUUGCCGCGGCGACGAACACAGCGAUUGUGCCAUCCGGCGGCGAGCCGAUCGAGAGCGCAGGGCAAGAAGGACGUGGGACCAGCGAUGGCUCAAUCGUCCUGCUGGCGCUGCUCUUCACCGCCGGCAUGACGCUCGUUGAUGGCUGUGACUCGAUCCUGAUGAUCAACGCCUACGCGCCCGGAGAGCUUCGGUCGGGAGCCGGUCGCAGGCGAUGGGCCCUGUUCGAAAAGGACGAAGCCGUUCCCACCGAGAGCCUACCGGGCGCGCAGGAAAGGAUCGAGCCCGACGACCUCGUCGACGAUUUGCCUCAAGUCGGCCCAUCUUCACCGACCACCGCAGCAGCAGCAGCGACCGAUAUCUCGGCGGUCUCGACCGCGACGACGCUUUCGCACAUGCUAACUCUGGCCUCAAUCGUGCUGGCUUUUGUCAUCUCGGCGAUCCAGAUCCUGGGUCUCAUCGGCGAGAACUGUGAAAGGCCGAGGAGGGUACCGGGCAGUUGGAAGGACGAUGGUGGCUCUUCUGGCGGCACUGCAACGACCAGAGCGGUCUGA